UUAAAGGCAGAAAUAGACUCAAAAGAGAUCCGAAAUAGACACACUCCACUUUGCGGAAACAACAACAACACAAACUCACACUUACAAGGAUUGGAAGAAGAAGACCAAGAGAUUUUGGGAUCUGAAGUUUUGUGCAACUAAUGGCGAAGAUCAAACCCCAAGCGUUAUUGCAGCAAAGCAAGAAGAAGAAAGGACCUUCUCGGAUAAGCAUAACCAACAUCGUCAUUUACACCUUGGCUGUGCUACUGCUCGUCUUUGUUCUCUUCUCUGCUUACAAACGUUGGACUCAGAGAUCUGAGAUCCCAUCGCACAAUGGUAGAUCAGUUCUUGAGGAUGCAGCCUUCCCGGGAAUCAAGAACACCAAUCUUCCGCGGUUUGCUACCUUAGAUACGGGCAAAGGUUCUGUGACCAUUGAACUGUUCAAGGCUACUGCUCCUAAUGUUGUUGACCAAUUCAUGAAAUUAUGUCAAGAUGGGUAUUUCAAAGGUUUCUUAUUCAGUCGAGUUGUUAAGCACUCUGUGAUUCAAGCGGGUGACUCUGCUGAGUUCGAUGCCGUCAAAGACUGGGCACUCGAAAGGAAGAGCCUGGAUACCAGUUUAAAACAAGAAGAAUUCAUGGUGGGAACUCCUAAAGUUAAAAACGAGCAAGGAGGAUUCGAGUUCUUCAUUGUAUCUGCUCAGAUCACAGAUCUGAACGAGAAAUUGACAGUCUUUGGUCGAGUUGCUAAGGGACAAGACGUCGUUCAGGACAUUGAGGAGGUUGAGACGGAUGAACAGUAUCAACCAAAGUCACCAAUAGAGAUCAUGUCCGUCACUUUGCUUCAAGACAUGUAAAAAAGCUUUACUUCUCGUCUCUUGUAUGAAACUCAAAAGUGCUUUUUUGUGUUCUUUUUUUAUUCUGUAAUUGAACCCUUAUUAUCAUCUAUUUUGCAUUAAUUUUUCU